AUGACGGAGGCCUCAUUGGAGGAGUUCCCAGGGACAGCUGACGACGAAUUGGGCGAACUGUGUGUUCUUGCUGAGCGCCUAAGCUCUCGCCUAAGGACUCAUCUUGAGGGAAAACCAGAAUAUAAGGACACUUCGUGUGACUCCAUUGCUUCGUGUACCUAUGACGCCCAAACUACGACCGUGAAGCCACUGGAAAACGUGAUUCCAGGCAUGAACCAGGAAGCGAUCCUCAAAGUGAUUCAGGAGGAGGUGUCCAAUUUCAUGCAGAAGGAGAUGCAGAAGUCCCGUGAGGCGCAAGAGCAACCCACAGCCUCCGCGCUAACAGUAACAAAGACUGCUACCCCCGCACCGCCUAACCCCACGCCACAGUUGUCGCCUGUGGGAGACUGUCCUUCCAGCCCCGGAUCGACCGCAGCCUGCGCUGCCAGCGCCCUGAAGCCAACAGACUGGCGUGCGGGCUUUGAACCCCUGAUGCCG